AUGUUAAUGUUUUGUCCGACAUGCGGCAAUGUGCUUCGUGUAGAAGAAGCUUUAGCAGGAUUGCGUUUUUCAUGUAACACGUGUCCAUACGUAUUUAAUAUCGCGAGAAGAGUGAGCAGUCGUACGUAUCCGAAAUUAAAAGAAGUCGACGAUGUGCUAGGUGGAAGCGCUGCUUGGGAAAACGUUGAUUCAACAGAGGAACGGUGCCCGAAGUGUUCGAAUUCUCGAGCAUAUUUUAUGCAAAUUCAAACGAGAUCUGCUGAUGAACCUAUGACAACAUUUUAUAAAUGUUGCAAUCCCCAAUGUGGUCACAACUGGCGCGAUUAAUAAAGUUUCAUUUCUUACUCAAUGGACAAAGAACAUACGUGAGUAUAAGAUCCUUGGGCCC